AUGUUUGACAAGCACCCCAUUUUCACGGAUGUUACUUACAAAGCGGUGUCCUCCAGUUAUUAUCUGGUCUCCUUGGUCAUCUACGUCGAAGAAAUGAAAAAGCAUAUGGUGUUUUUUCAAGCUGUCAUCAAGCACCAAACCGCCGAAAAAUUUGCCUUCUACUUCAAGGCGUUGUUUAAGAAGUAUGCAAUUGUAUCAAAGUUUUUUCUUUGUAUACUUUUAGAUUUCUCUAAAGCUGAGCAGCGAGGUUUUCAACAAGCCUGCGAAGAGCAUUUCCAUACGGACGAUAAAUCUUCUUUGUCGUUAAUUAAAGGAUGUUAUUUUUAUUGGAUGCAAUCUGUCCAAAGAAUGAUCAAAAUCCAGAGAAUUGUUCCUGCCAGUAAAUCUAAAGAAUUUAUUUCUCUUGCUAACAUGUUGCAAAAAACGACGAGGGAAGAGCAAUGGUGGUGGGAUGACCAUGUUCGACCUACCAUUUUUAAUUACGAUUCGAAUAUGAAGCAGGAAUUGCAAGAGCAUGAAUCCAGAACUACGAACGGAAUUGAAUCUUUUCACAGAAACUUGUACGGUUUUGUGGAGCCUGGUUUUUGA